AUGGUCUACGUUGUUUGGAGCGACACUCCCAGGUAGUUCAAUUUUUUUUCUUGGUGUAAAAUUCAAAAAAAGGAGAGCUUGAGAGUUUCGUCGACUUGCGUCAAUUUUUGUUUCGAGACGCCAAAAGUUUUCAACCAUGUUGCUUUUUUAAACUGUCCCUAGAAAUUAAAGAAUCAUAUUUUUUUCUUUUUAUUUCAGAAGCUCCGUAGAAUGUGCCGCUCCAGCAAUGAUUAUUGCCACCAUCACGCUUUUUGCUUCAACUCUAGAUGUUCUUGCGGAUCUAUUAGUUUGUGUAAGGCGAGUUACCCACGAUGUUUCAGUGAAACUUGUUACAUUAGUAAAUGGCCAAAAUUCGAAAGUAGAAAAAGUCAAUUUGACAGAAAGACUAGUUUGUCGAUUAUAAUUAUCUUUCAGAAUCGCUGAGUUUCUUCAUAAUUUCCAAACCGACAUUGCGCGGUUUGCCGCUUGGGGCUAUUUUGUCUUCACUGCCGUCAGCCUGGUCGUCUACCUAUUUGAGAUGAUCGACGUGUGCUUGACGCUCAAGUACGAACAGGAAAACGUGUUCGUCGCCCGCCUCGCCAAAAGUUUGGUUAUUACCCUUGAAGAGGUUUGUUCUUUGAACUGCAGAUUUUCGCCAUACAAAGAGUACAUUGUAAGCUGUAUGGCAAAAAAUUUUGGGAAAUUCCCGAAACCAUUUUUAUCAAUACCGCCUUCCAAGCAAACACAGUUUUUUUCUGGAAAUCUUUCAACUGUAAAUCAGAUUACCUCAAUUUAAAUCUAAAAUUUUUUUCUCUGUGACCAAGCUUUAAUUUAUCAAAACUCUACUUUUUUAAGUUUGUUCAUUUCAAUGAUUUUGUGUGGAUUUCAAGACAUUUUAACUCGAUUCAAAAGCGAGAGGCGAAAAAUAUUUAGAUCAAUCCGAUUAUUUCAAUGUAACUUUCAGGGAAAUUAUUCAAAAUAAACUAUUCAGACUUUAUAUUACUCAGCCAAAAAAAGAGGUCUUUGAAAUCUCAAGGCAUAGGACAGAUUUCCUAUGGUAAUUUCAAUUUUUGAGCUCACCUUUUCGUUGAAACCUUGAAAUACGUUUGCACGAAAUCUCGUUCGCAUUGAUGGCCCUGUUAUUCAUCUUAUGAGCUGUGAUACUUUCUUUGCGUCUUGGUCCAAGACCCAUUAACCGCGAACUUGCCAUUCACAAAAAGAACUAUUCGACAUAUGCUUCAAAGCGUUUCAAAAAAAAAAAAAAUGAAAUUUUGUGUAAGAAAAGUUUGGAGCUGUGAGAAAAAGUUUGGAGCUGAGGGAGAAAUAGAAACCUAACCCUUGUUCGGUUUCUGUUUUUUUUUCAUAAAUUCUGCAUAUAAUUACUUAUCUCUGAGUCAAAACUACAAACAACUUGCCAAAACUUUCAUGAAAAAGUGAUUGGUAUAUGGAAUUUCCCAAAUUAUUGACUUUUUCGAAGAACAUGUCCCAGAUGGGUUUUUCCGACUUCCGCUGUGAAAGUAGCCUUUCAUCAAUAACUUCACCCAGUUUUGAGAAUUAAUUUUUUUACUUUUUUUAAACUUUGCUUUUUGAGUUUAUAACCACUUUGUUUUUUUCUGAACCAAUCAGAAGGAAUGAAAAAUGUGAAAUGCUUUCAAAAAGUAUUAUUUCUGAAAAAAAUUAAGAAAAAAAUCUUACGAGCAAUAAAUAAAAAUUAUCUUUAUUUCUAUAAUUUAGAUACUAAAUUUUUUUUUUUUUUAAUCCUUUAGUAAGAAAAAAAGUUGAGAACUUUCUCAUGAGAAACGUCCUCAAGUGCACUCGGCAUAUAACACAAACGUACCUGUGUCAAAAAUUUUGUCCGAGAGAGAGAUGAACAUCAAAAAAACAAGGGAGAGCAUUUGUUGCGGAUAUGCCGAGAGGCUCACUUUUUGUUGUGAUCUGCGGACCAUUACUCACGGCUCUCUGGGCCUGUGUGCCAAUCCCACGCUGAUACACCUUGCUUUUAAAUCAGCAAAGCCCACAACAGUGGUGGUGAAGUCCUUGAACUGGUCACCAAAGUAUUUCCAGCAAAAAAGGACUUCUUGCGGAAAACAAAAUAAAUCGUUUUUUUAUUCUAAUUUAAUUUUUUUAUUGAUUUUUUUCUGACAUUUCCGAGGAUAGAAAGACGAGAAAGGCGGAAAAAUCGGUCAGAUCAUCAUUUGUACAUUCAUAGAACCUACACUUUUUGAAAGCUCAAGAGAAGCUUUUGAACUGAUUAAAACUAUCAAAACAAAUGACUAGUUUUCGUGAAACUUUCCAGGUACCACUACCGCUCAUGAUGUUCAUUUUAUUCACACACGAGCCACGACUUUCUUUGGCAAAUCCAGUGUUUUUUUCGUCUUGCAUAAAGCUUGUCUCCCUCGUAUGGGGCGUCGUUAAAUUCACAAAACUGCGCUUUUUUUGGCCGUGUCUUCCUUUAAAUCCGAAGCACGAUGUUCGGUAAGUUUGAAAUAAUUAGAGAGGGACAAUUUCAAUUGAAUUCCAGCGAAAACGUCCGACUUUGCUUCACUUUCACGCUCUACCGUGUUGCAAUGAUAUUUGUUAACAUUUGUCAUGUCAUUGCUGCCUGUUUAGCUCUGACAAACGCAAUUAACUCCUACGGAGGUGGGAAAAAAAUUCCUCAGCAAAAUUAA